AUGAAGUGCAAGGGAAUGAGGCAUUUCCCCUGGAAUCAGGUAGAAAGUGCUGACGGACAAGAAAAGAAGGAAACUCCCCUUGCAAACGCUGCCUUCUGGGCAGCCAGGAAAGGAAACCUGGCGCUCCUGAAGCUGUUGUUGAACAGUGGCCGGGUGGAUGUGGACUGCAGAGACAGUUAUGGCACCACGCUCCUCAUGGUCGCCUCCUACGCGGGUCACCUGGACUGUGUGAAGGAACUGGUUCUACAGGGAGCAGACAUCAAUCUCCAGAGAGAGUCAGGUACCACUGCCCUGUUCUUUGCUGCCCAACAAGGCCAUAAUGAUGUCGUGCGAUUUCUCUUUGGAUUUGGAGCGUCCACUGAAUUCAGGACCAAAGAUGGGGGCACCGCCCUGCUGGCCGCCAGUCAGUAUGGGCACAUGCAGGUGGUGGAGACGCUGCUGAAACAUGGAGCCAACAUCCAUGACCAACUUUAUGAUGGAGCCACUGCCCUCUUCCUGGCUGCCCAAGGUGGUUACUUGGAUGUCAUUCGAUUACUCUUGUCUUCAGGAGCAAAAGUCAACCAGCCAAGGCAGGAUGGAACAGCGCCACUGUGGAUUGCAUCGCAGAUGGGCCACAGUGAGGUGGUGAGGGUGAUGCUGUUGCGUGGAGCUGAGCGGGAUGCAGCCCGGAAUGAUGGCACAACAGCAUUACUGAAAGCAGCCAAUAAAGGUUAUAAUGAUGUCAUAGAGGAGUUGCUUAAAUUCUCACCCACCCUGGGUAUUCUGAAGAAUGGGACGUCAGCGCUCCACGCUGCGGUGCUCAGUGGUAAUAUUAAAACAGUAGCUCUGCUCCUGGAAGCUGGGGCAGACCCAGCCUUGAAAAACAAGGCCAAUGAAAUUCCAGCCCAGCUAACCAAAAAUGAACCUAUAUUGCGUCUUCUCCGAAGUAAAGCAGCUCACAGGAAGACCUAA